UGCAGGUUAAACGAGGAAAAGAGCUGAUCUGACAACGGGAGAGCAUUCCAUGUAUGACAUACGGACCGUUUGACGCCAUUCCAGGAUUUCAUGUAAUUCAAAACCUAUGGAAAAUGGCUGAACACACGAGGAGAGCACAAUCGCUUCUUGUCGUUACUUUUUGUUUGGUGGCCAUUUUUAUCGAUCAAUCCACUUCCCGCCACGUUGGUUCCUCGUGCGUUGGUUGCCAUGGUGACAGACAACAGGGCGAUGACGACCUGUCCGCCCUGGCGAAGUUCUGGAUGAAAGUACAAGCGGCGACGAUCGACGCCGAGAGGCAGCUCGGAAUGGACAGGAAGGCCGCCGAGGCUUCUUCUGUAAACCGUGCUGUCAUCGGGGCACAGCAAGGCCGCUCCGCGGACGACAGAAGAGCAAACACUCGGCCAAUCGCGGACGAUGAGUCGGUCGGGAUCAUCGCAGACUUAACGGCGAGAGUCGCGGCCUUGGAGAAGAAAAUGGCGGACGCGGUAUCUGAGGGGGAGAGGAUGGAAUCAGAAGUGACGGAACUAAGCUCUGUUACCGACGGCCCACCUCUGCCAAGACACCUGCGGAGACACGUGGAGCACCUGCAGCAAAACGUCGGCACGCUUGAAGCGCAGCUGGAAUACGAACAAGACAAAAUCAGGCGUUACGAGGAAGAGUUGGCCCUCGUCAUCGGCAAGCAAACAAGUCUGGAAGAGAAACUCGAGCACCUUGAAAGUCUCCUCUCGUUCCGAAGUCUCGUUUCCAGAGGAAAUAACGCAAGGCACAAGAAGAGUUCGCGUUCCCAUGAUUCCCUGUGGUCUCCAUCCGGGCAUCGCGGGGAUAUCUCCCAGGGUGCAACACGCGAGGAGAAGGUAAUAUUGGAGCAGGACCCGACAGACUUGGAGGACUUUUAUGAAUAUGAUGAGUAUGAUUAUGACUACACUCAUGAAGCCAAGGGACAGAGAUAACCAUUAUGCAGUCUAUGGAACAAAUCUCGUUUAAAUAUCAUAUUACUUGUCACAAACAAAUAUAACAUUGUUUAAAUUUAAAACUUUCGAGCCAAAACAAUAAGUUCUCUCAAAAGCUUUCGACCAGUCACUCUGGUCUUCCUCAGUACACUAGGAAAAUAUUUUAAUAAUAGAUAUAACAUUAUUAUUACUACAUUGUAGUUAUCAUAUGUCAAAGUUUGACCAGACAUCCAUCUCGAAGAAUACGUAACCAAAAUAUUAUUUGAUAACUUUUGUUUAUUCUAAUUCUAUUGUAUGUUUAAAAGGUUGACUGUCAUUUGAGAAAUAUAUAGC